CGUGACGUCACACGCGCGCCCCCUCCUCUCCCCUCCCCUCCUCUUCUCUGUGAAUCACUGACAUGGCGGCUGCCAUGGAGCUGAGAUGCUGGGGAGGAGACUGGGGUUUACCGUCUGUCCACACAGAGUCCCUCAUAGUCCUGGCAUACGCCAAGUUUUCCGGGGCCAAAGUGACAGUUUCUCCCAUAGACUGGACAUGGAAAACUCUAACAGCCACCGUCCCAGAGCUGCUCUGUGGAGACUCUGCAGUGCAAGAACCAACACAGAUACUUAAUUUCCUGAGGAAACAGAGGUUUAAUGCAGACUAUGAUUUGACAGCCAGACAAGGAGCAGAUACCAUGGCGUACAUCGCCCUGCUUGAAGAGAAACUGCGUCCAGCUCUGCUGCACACGUUCUGGGUGGAUGCAGAAAACUACGCCAAUCUGACACGGCCAUGGUUUGCCUCACGCUCGCCGUUCCCGCUUAACUUUCUCGUUCCUUGUCGCCAUGCCAACACCGCCCUCUCCCGCAUUCUUUUAAUGAAAGGAGAAGCACCGCUACACAGAAUCUCUGAGGUGGAGGGAAAGAUCUACAGUGAUGCUAAAGAGUGCCUGAACCUCCUCUCCUACAGACUGGGGACCGCAAACUACUUCUUCGGCAACUUGCCCACCAGUCUGGAUGCCUUUGUGUUUGGUUUCGUGGCUCCUCUCUGUAAAGCCAAUCUACCCAGCAGCCCUUUACAGAGCCACGUCAGACAGCUGGAAAACCUCACACGCUUCUGUGACACCGUCCUUGACGUGUACUUCAGCUCAGAUCACCCCUGUCCUCCCCCACCUGUUCAGGACACAAAGGAUGCAAACCUGCAGAAACUAACUCAGCUUGUAAACAAAGAGUCCAACUUGAUAGAGAAGAUGGACGAUAACCUCCGCAGCAGCCCUCAGCACAAACCCCACAGACCAGAACCCAAGCCCAGUCUGGUCAGUGAGAAGAGCUCUACCCCUGCCUAACAUCCUCAUCCAGCCUCAUGUAUGAACCAAGGAGAAUCACGUCAGUUCUGGAUCUGACUCAUCCCUGAGAUCCAAAAAAAAAAAAAGAAUAAAAAUUCCUAAAGAGCUGAACUGCAACUUCAAUGGAAAAUGACACUAAUUAACGAGAGAAUAAUGAUUAUAAAAAGACUUUUACAGCAUGAAAAUGAUGAUAGAUUUCAAAGAUGCUUUUUCUGAAAGAGAUGGAAAAGUGCUUGUGUGAGGUCUUUAAAAAGGUUUGCACACGUGUAUGUGGUGAAGGGGGAAACGCUGUGAAGUUAUGCCCAAUAAGAAUGACACAGUAAGUUCAAAGUAUAGGAAAAACCUGCAGUUAAUGCCUUAUAGAGAACUCUAGGAUCAAAGUUAUAUACCGAGUUAAAAAACUCUUGGUCACUAAAGUAGAAUGGUUCGAGCAUCUUAUGGUAAGAUAAUUUAGUGCAGUUUAUGCAUCUAUGCAGUAUAAACUGAUUAAGCAGGAACCCAAGUAUUCAACUGUAAGAUCAUACGCACUGUAAACCUUUGAUUUAGUUAAUGUACAGUAUAUAUAUAUAUAUGCAGUCAUGACUUUAGGAAUGGCCAGUUGCUUGUAUAGCUGUAAAUAGUUUCCUGGAAUUUGUGCAAUUUUACUUUUUGUUGACAAGCAAAAUAUUGGGGACUUAUAUGUUUAUUUCAUCGUGAGAGACAGGUUUUUUGUUUUCUGUAACCAUUAUUUGGCCAUGUUGGUCUUAAAAAAGUGAUGAUUGGAUUAAAAAGCCAUUUUCUUGGGGUUUAGGUCAUUGCCCAAGAAAGUAAUGAUUCAAAUUUGGUGGUGAGCCAGAUACAAAAUAGUAUUUAGGAUUUAAAAAAAAAAAGUUAAUGUGAUAAAAUUGGAAAUUUUUCAAUAUUUGUGUUAAUAACUUUAGGUUAAAAGUGAACUAUUUGAGUUCUUCAGCUUAUUAUGUUGUUUCUUUGUGCCAAUAAUAGUAAUUUCUGAUGCUGCCAUGUUUUUUAUUUUGUUAUGUUUUGAUUUGUGCUCUGCCACACGAUCGUUUUGGUUACAGUGCCUGUUUAUCGGCCUUCCUGUUUCAAGUGUCUCAUGAGUGGCCUUCUGUGUUACUUCACUGUCACAGUCUGUUUAUCUUGUACAGAACCUGGACCGUGAAAUGAACCGCCUUUGUUUUAUUUUACUCUUGAUGUUACUCUUUUUUUUGUUUUAUUUUUUCCUGAUUUCUGUCCCAGUUGUAAAAUAUUAACAAUACUUUGCUUUUUCAGCCUCCAAAAAAACCCUCUGUUCAUGGAUCCAUUCCCUUUCAGACUAAAGAGCUGACUGGUGCAUGCAAGCAUGCGUGUUGUCAUCGCACCAUGUUGUCGGGCAGACUGGCGAGGACCAUAUGGUGCCUGUGUGCCUUUGUUACGGUGUCCUUCAUGAUUUUGACACAUUGUCAUUCAUUUUCUUUGUCAUUUUAGCUGCUGUUGUCCAUAAUCUGUCCAUAGUUGGAAACUGAAAUACAACAAAUAUAAUAUAAACUGAAUAGAGAAUCAGACCUGGUGCCUUUUUCUUUUAGAAGGACAUAUUUUACCUUCCUCUUUCGCUAAGCCAGUCAUUUUUGAGUUGUUUUUCCGGUAAUAAUUACAGAUUGAUUCCACUGUUACCCACUGUGCCUUUUAGAUGUAGAGAGGAUAGAGAGCUCUUUGUCUGCUUUUGGCCUCAGUCGUGGAAAAGAAAAAAAGAGUGAUUAAGCUGAGAGGAAAUGUUGGAUACUUGAGAUCAGAUCGCGUCCACGUCAUUGGUCACAUGUGGAGAGAGAGAGACUGCAGCUGAAACAUCACUUCACUGGCUAUUUAAUCAAUGCAGCAUCAGAAAAUAUAAAUUUUUAUGUGUAUUUGCAGAUGUUAUUAUCACUGUAAGGGAAAAAAAUUAAUACAAUAUGAUGUAAAAUACUCAAUGUUUUCCACUGCAGGAUGGCAGGGAAGACACAGGAUUCCAGUUAGACGACGAGGCUGUCGCUGUUCUCAGAUCUUUCCUUCCGAUUCCAGCAGAGCACAUGGAAACCUGCAGCUGUUCCCUGAUGGUCUGCAUGUGUUUGCUGUCUUCUUCUUUUUCUCUCUGUUUGCCCCAAAGACCAGGAAAAGGUGUCAGAGAUGAUGGAAAAAAGAUUUGAGUGCCUGGAAAAAAUAGUAGCAUAAUGUCUUCAGUAGCUGUCGGUCAUAAAAAAAGGAUUUGGACGUCAACAAGUAGGAGCAGACUUCACAGUUUUGUAGGAUCUGUAGCAGAUGGUAAAUUUAUCAUGAUUUUUAAUUUUUUGUCAAAUGUUUUAUGUUGAUUAUAUUCAUUAUAUUACCCUGCAGCAAGUGUGAGGGUGAGGAAAAAGUAAAAACGUCACAAACUUCA